GAAAAUAAAAAUGGCCGCCGUCGGCAAUGGACGGAGUAUGAUGGAUCCUCAAUCAGGAACGCAAAAUUCACUCGUUGAUCGUAUUAAGUGCCUGUAUCCUAUGGUUAAUGAAGAGGAGACGCCGUUACCGAGGUCAUGGAGUCCAAAAGAUAAAUAUAACUAUAUUGGAUUGUCUCAAAAUAACUUGAGAGUGCAUUAUAAAGGUCAUGGGAAAACACACAAAGAUGCUGCAAGCGUACGGGCCACUCACCCUAUACCUGCAGCCUGUGGUCUGUACUAUUUUGAAGUGAAAAUUGUUAGUAAAGGCAGAGAUGGAUACAUGGGGAUUGGAUUAUCUGCACAGGGUGUAAAUAUGAACAGGCUUCCAGGUUGGGACAAGCACUCGUAUGGCUACCAUGGCGAUGAUGGACAUUCAUUCUGCUCAUCAGGCACAGGACAGCCUUAUGGACCAACAUUUACAACUGGUGAUGUUAUAGGCUGUGGUGUCAACCUUGUUGACAAUACUUGUUUUUAUACUAAAAAUGGCCACAACCUUGGUGUGGCAUUCACAGACCUACCACCAAACCUCUACCCAACAGUUGGGCUUCAGACACCUGGAGAAGUUGUUGAUGCAAAUUUUGGCCAGUCACCAUUUGUGUUUGACAUUGAAGAUAUGAUGCGGGAGCUACGGGCUCGCACUCUGCGUACAAUUCACGAGUUCCCUGUUCCAGACAACCGUGGAGAAUGGCAGGCUACUCUUCAUAAGAUGGUAUCAACUUACCUUGUGCAUCAUGGGUACUGUGCAACAGCUGAGUCAUUUGCAAAUGGCACAGGACAGGUCUUCGAAGAAGAUCUAACAUCAAUUAAAAAUAGGCAGCGAAUUUUAAAACUGGUGCUGGCGGGACGUAUGGGUGAAGCAAUUGAAACAACAAGCGAGUUGUACCCAGGUCUGCUGGAACGAGAUCAGAAUCUUCUGUUCCUGCUAAAGUGUAGGCAAUUUGUAGAGAUGGUGAAUGGCUCUGACUCGGAAGUCUGCCCACCACGUUGCCCUAGAGGGCAACCGUUUUCCUCGCCUCCACACCACUUGGCCCCACCACCUACGUCGCCUCCUCAACCAUCACCACCUUCAAAUUCGUCAAGUCAGCAAGUUGGAAAAGCCAGAAGAAACACAGUGGAAGAAAACAACCUCAAUAAUAUGAACAUGGCAAUGAAUGGCAGCAGUGAAAUCAUCCGUCCACCACCAUGUGCCGGUGAUGCCGAUAUUGACAUGGAGGAGCCUAGGAAUGGCCACUCCACGAAUGGUUACCAAAAUGGCAGUAGUCAUCGGCUUGAAGAAGAAAUUCAGGAGGAGGAAAUGGAAGUGGAUGUUCCUGUUAACACUGUACAGCCAGUCAGCAGUAGUAGGAGACAACUAUGUGGUGGUAGCAAACCAGCUGUUGAACGGAUGCUGGAAUUUGGACGAGAACUGUACAACAUGAGUCUGCAUCUUCGGCAAGAGCAAGGCCGUAGUGAGGCCAACAAGAAGAUGUUACAAGAUGCCUUUAGCCUUCUUGCAUAUUCAAAUCCAUGGAAUAGCCCUGUUGGCUGGCAGUUGGAUCCUGUUCAGAGGGAGACUGUAUGUUCUCUCCUUAACUCUGCAAUUCUAGAAUCGAGCAAUCUUCCUCGUCGGCCACCACUGGAAGUAGCAUUGGCACAUGCACGUGAGCUCGUUCGCCUUAUGUCGAGGUCUGGACUCGGAUCCUGUGCUUUCGCCAAUGUGGAUGACCUGUUGCGUCAUUGAUCUCCUUGUCAUUUGCACUGUUGUUUUUAGUCCUGCCCUUCAAACUUCCCCUCCAUGUGUGGAGAAGCUGCCAUGGCAGCUGUAUGUGCUACAGUUGUUAGGAAUUUAGUGCCACAACUAGGGUGUUGUUUUACUAUGCUAGUGAGAAGUGGAUCAGCAAGCAUUUUAUUGGUUUCUAAUGUAUGUGUGUCUCUAAUGAAGAACUAUUGUCAGAUUAAGUUGGAAGAUUUUUUUUUUCUUUUUGUAUGAUGUAAGAAUCACUGGCAUCUGUUUAUUUUCGUGGUCUUGAAAAGCUUGUGUCAGAACCUAUCAGUUGAAGAAAGUGGUUUAGAAAUGGAUUGAAUGUCAGAGAAUCUUUGACUGAAUUCAUGUUUAAUUAUUUUCUUCGCUCAUCUGAAUUGUCUCACUUGUGGACAAUCCUUUGGACAUAUUUUACCAAAAAUUAAAUUUUGCAAAUGUUGAACAUGUUGAUGCGUAACAGUGAAGUUCGUAUAAAAUUUGAACUUCGUGUGUCUUACAGUGCUUGUAAGAUAUUUUUACAACAGCUUUGCUCCUACCUGAAUUAAAUAUGGAUGUUGUAUCUGGAAGCUCAAGAAGAUAACCAAGGAAGAUAAUUCACCAAAAUGUAUAGUGAUCAUGAUCCUGCACUGCACCCUUUUGUGGGCCCUGUUACUGAGCUGGUACGAUUGGCUUUGUGGUUGUUAAGGAGUAACAUUGUGACAUUUUAGUGCAAUAUGGAUAAAAAUCUUUCUUCAGCUUGGUAAUGUCUGUUGUGUAGUUAGACGAAGGGUGCUGUGCAUGUACACAGUUUUCCGAAGAUGUUGAUUGUUUCCAAAUAUCAGGUUUCCCUCAGUGGAACAUAUUGGGCUGUUCCUUUGAUAUUCUGCACGAGAACUGUAGAUAGUGGAAGAACUGGAGCCAUCAUGGUGGGGACUACUACAUAUUUUUAAAUGUGUGUUUCAAGAGCUGUGUUGAACAUUUUCUAUAUUUUGUUACGUGUGAUUAUUGAAGUUGUGUCUGCUAUUGAAUUGUCAUUGUAAACAUUUGAAAAAGAAUCAUCUUUUUUUGAUUUGGUACUUUGAUAAAGAAAUUUUUAAGGUAAAUAUUAAAAAUAGUACAACUUUAUUUUAUAAUUCAUCAGUGAUUCAUUAAAUUCUUUCCUUUUUA